GUGUUUUCCACACCAUAGAAUAAAAAAGACCUCCUAAUCUCCAUGACCAGUUCACCUUUCUAUCCCCCUCCCUCAUCCGCUUCCCACUUCUUCCACUCCUUGGUCCAACACUGCAGCCCUGAGCAGCUUGGCGUACCCCUCGGCCCCGUUCGAGGAGGAUCGGUGGGCAGACAGCUCAGAGCGGCUCGAAGGGUCAGAGGCAGGAGGAGAAUCCUGUGUGGAGGACAGGAAGAACGCAUUGUCCUCAUCCCAUACCACAUCCAUCUUGUCCAUCCUCCACCUUAAUCUUCCCACCACUCUACCAUCUGGCCACGUCACCAUCACAACCACUGACACCACCACCGACACUGUUCCAGAUGUUUCUGAGCUCUGGGUGACAGACAAGGAUUCAAAUGAUAGCGCUGUGCCAUCUGGAUUUGAGGACGACGAGCUGCAAACUCACGGGCUGAAUGGCGUCCAGAGUCGUGCCCAAAGUGAGAGCAGCGGUGAGUUCAGCCUGAGUCUGGAAAAUGAGCCAUGGUCAAAUGGCAGCAGCCCUGUCAAGCAGCCUCCAUCACGCCACUCCUUCUCCUCCUUCCAGCCCCCCAAUGAUACCUCCACCCCCCAACACACACAGAAGCAGAAGCAGCAGCGGCACAAGGAGAAAGCCUCUACCAUGGCCAUCACCAACAGCCAGAAUUCAGAUAUCCAGUCUACACCACAACAGAAAAAGCAUGGGCUCUCUCAGGACUUCUGGCUCACAAGGGGUACAAAGAGCAUCCGGAGGGUUCCAAGAGGGAAAGUGACGCGUCGCUCAUCAGAUUCAACAGGCACAGUCAAAAUGAACCCAGGGCAGAAUGGGAUGAAUUCAAAAUCAAGCUCUAGCAAAGCUGAAACUACCCAAACCUUAGCUUGUUCGCCUAUCACAGUGCUGUAUGUUCAGGGCAAGUCAUCCUCAAUGUCUGGUUGCCUCAACUGCUUCUCAACCCCUUUGGGCAAAGAGGGGCGACUUAAAGGGCCCAGGUCGCCCAAAAGUCUCCCCCGAGCCAGCAGUGUCAUUUCCACCGCAGAGGGAUCAUCCCGGCGCUCCAGUGUAAACAGUGACUGCAGGGCAACUGUAAAGACUGACCCGCUUUCCGCCAAGGUUUCAGAAGGGAGCAGUGGUCAGGAGGAAACAGUGAGUCAACCUGAACCAGAGACCAAUAACAGGGAGCCUGAGCCCAUUCCCCCAGUCAAACCUCCCAGAGACCCGGCAGUUUUUGAUCCCACAGACGGCCCCAAAUCCCCCGUGCAGGAGUCACUUUUUGGCUCCUCGUUCACUUUCAACUCUGUCUUCUCCAACACGAUCUUCAGCGAUUCUGUGGUCACGACCACGACCAGUCUGGAUGCUCUUGACACCAACCAGACCUUCCUCUGUCUGAAUCCAUCUCUGGUGCAAAACUGUCCACUUGAGAGCCAGGAGUCCACUCCUCCUAUGACACCACAAACACUGCUCAACAUGGAGAAUGAGCAGAGUCAAAAUGUAGAAUGUACAGCUGGGAUGGAGGAGAAGGACAAGCCACUCACAAUUGCAUGAAAUGCAGCUGUCACAUCAUUGACUAUUGUCACAUUCAAAUAUUGCAGCUAGCUGCAAGUCCACUUCUCAUCACAUCAACCGUAGCACACAAUUUAAGUCACAAAUUUAAUAUGUUUGCAUUUCUUUCCACUGACUAAGUAUACAGUUAUCUUAAGAGGUGUAAAUAAAAAUAUGUUUGGUUCUGAUUUUCUUUCCACAGCUUUAGUAACAUUAGUGCAUAGUUGUUUUCAGAGAUUAACAGUAGCCUAUUAUCUUUCCAUUCUGUUUGUCUUUUUGCACAAAUUAUGUAACUGAAUAACGUAUGGAUAGAUGUCCUCUUUUGCUCAUUAAAGGGUUGGAUUGGGACUGUUUACUUUUACUUUUACACACUGACAAUCCUAUUAUGUACAUUUGUGUUUGCCAAAACAUUUUGUUCAUUUCCCCUGUUUCUAUUUAUGUCAUGUCACUCAGAAAGAACUGUUAAAUUAUUAUAUGUUGGUGAGCUGUCUGUUAGAUUUAAAUGUAAGCCUGGAGGAAAUGUGACGUUCAUGUGUAAUAAACUGUAAAUCUUGUAAAAUAGGAUGUG